GUUUUGUAUUUCGAAUUUCCUCACUGAAAAGAGUUUUAAAGCCAUGAAAGUAGUUUUACUGCUAUGAUAGCUGUUAAUUCUUUGCCUGCAAAUCUUUUGACCGGAAAUUCGAAAAUAAAUAAUACAGCGCCGUAUGACAGAUGUGAGCAUCAUUAUACCUGUAUACAAUGGAGAGAAAUGGAUUGAUGAAUGUUUAAGGGCUGUUAGGGAUCAAAAUUUUAGUGGUCACCUAGAAGUAUCCAUUUUCAAUGAUGGAUCAACAGAUGGGACUCUUAACAAACUGGAAGAGUGGAAGGAGGUUCUGAAGCAAAAGUCAUUUUCUGUCAUCAUAGGAGGUCAUAGUUCAAGUCCAAGAGGAGUUGGGUAUGCAAAGAAUCGAGCAGUGGAACAGAGUAAUGGGGCCUACUUGUGUUUCCAGGACAUUGAUGAUGUGAUGUCCCCUGACAGAGUGUCCAGACAGUAUCAGGCCGCUAAAUCUGAACCAAAGAGUAUUAUAGGAAGCAGGUUCCACAGAGAACCGGAAGGGUCUACAGAAAGGUUUACCCACUGGGCCAAUAAUCUGACCAGUAGUCAACUUUAUUCACAGAUUUACACCUCUCAUGGCCCGACUCUCAUCAUGCCCACUUGGUUUUGUCAUCGAGCUGUUUUCAACAAAGUUGGAGGCUUCAAUGAGGGUGGAAAGGGGGUACCAGAGGAUUUGAUCUUCUUCCUGCAGCACUUGGAGUUGGGAGGGGGACUAUAUCGGGUGGAUGCAGACCUCCUAAUGUACCGGUACCACCCCGGGGCCACCACCUUCUCCAUUUCUGAAGAUUCUAUAUGGAGGAUAAGAAUGGAGUAUGUCCAGAAACAGGUGAUAGAGAAGUGGGAGACAUUUACAAUCUGGAAUGCUGGGAAACAAGGAAGGAAGUUUUACAGAUCCUUGACAACAGCCAAUCAAAAGAAGGUGGCAGCUUUCUGUGAUGUGGAUCCCAAGAAGAUCAAAUGUGGAGUCUAUACAUAUCAUGAAUCUAAGAUGAACAUAAAACCCACAGUUCCAAUUGUUCAUUUCCAGUCUGCCAAGCCACCAUUCAUUAUCUGCAUGAAAUUGGGCUUAACAGGAGGAGAAUUUGAGAAGAAUCUGGAAUCCCUGAAUCUCAAAGAAGGAGUUGAUUUCUUCCAUUUCAACUAGGAAAUCAGAGAAACAGUUUAUUAGGCUGUUUGGGCAGGGCUUUCGACUUCAGACUUUAUAAAAAACAAGGAGGACUGUUUCACUAAAGGGUGAUUCACAUACAUGUGAAAUACAUAAUUUAGGAAUUGAAAAUGCAACAAAAUCUUAAAUGAUUUCUGAGAGUAGAUAAAGAGAUUUCAAUGUGCAAAAAAGGUUGACUUCAAUGUUCAAAAAUUGAAGAAAUUUCAAUACAUAUACUAUAGGUCCAUUUGCAAUAUACAAAUAUUAUUACCGGUAUUGUCCUAAAAGUUGAUAGAUAUGUUAUGAAGAAGACUGUUAGAAAUCAAAAAUUACAUUUUGCCUGACAAUCAUGAGAGGUACAUGUAUAACCUGUACUCCAUUAUUGGAGGAGGAAAUGAUGUUGGUAUCUGAAGCUUUUGUAAAGAAUUCAAAAUACUUUUCAUAAU